AUGGCGCCCCCGAGCAGUGACCCCAAGGCUUCGCCGCCCGUCGACAAGGACUACUACAACCCGAAGGCGAGGCCCUUGCCGGAAGAUUCGACGCUCCGCGGCUACGUCGAGACCGUCCUCCGCGACGGCUACGUGAUCAUCCCGGACGCCUUCACCGAGGCCGAGGCCGUGGAAGCCAUCGCCGAGAUCGACCGGCUGCACGGCAACAACCCGCUGACGGGCGCCACCACCUUCGACGGUCACCGGACGAACCUCAUGCUCUCGCUGCUGGGCAAGACACGCGUCUUUGACAAGUUCUGCCUGCUCCCGCCGCUCUUCUACAUCGCCGAGACGAUCGUCGUCCGCCCGGGCGAGCGGAACCAGGUGCUCCACCACGACGACGGCGUCGUGCACAUGCCGCGCCCCCGGCCGCCCGUCACGGCGGCGACGAUGAUCGUGCUCGACGACUUCAAGGAAUCCAACGGGGCCACGCGCAUCAUCCCGGGCUCGAACAUGUGGGCGAGCGACCGCGUCGGCGAUGAGCACAAGGCCGUCUACGCCGUGUGCCCGAGGGGCAGCGUCAUCUACUGUCAAAGUGUGGCAAUUGGCCAUACGCAAAAAGUUAAAGGCCACAAAUGCUAGGCAGUAAUUACAGCAAAUUUACUAAUAAAUACACUAUUAAUAUACACCUAAUUAACUAAGGAUAUUAUUAUAAUUAACUACUAU